AUGCAACCUUUCAUUUUGGUCAGAUUUGUUCAGUUAAGCGCUCAACUUGCAGCAUUGUAUUUGCUGAUAAUGAUCGGCGGUUUAUGCACAAAACUACCUUUCGAUCAGUUUAUCAAAGAAGCUAGUUUUGAGUGUAUUUCAUCGUUGAGAUCGGUUGGCGUUAACGUCAAGGGCUGGAAUAUGGAACCAGAAAGCGACCAAUAUUACGGUUUGAAUUCAGAAGCUCAGCUUGUUGUGGAACAACUCCGUGAGGCCGUUGAACCUGAUGUCAGCAGUAAUUUCACUGCUACCUCCAAACCUCGUAAUCAAUCAGGCGAUCCUGUCAUUGGUUUAUUGCUAUCCUCUCAAAACUCAACCAGCUCGGAUGCGAAUAUGACGACAGUUUCAAACGGUCAUGCGGAUUCAAAUACAAGCGAUUUCUUGUCAUUAAACGAUUCUCUGAAUAUAUUUGUUCAUGAAAAGGAUAAUGGUAGUGUUUCGGGCAUCUGUUUCAGUGAUUUUCCCGUACGUUAA